AUGGCUAAUAAUAUACCAGUGCGUGAUCCUGCUAGUAAAACAUCAACAGCAUUUACAUUAUUUAUUGAAAAUUAUGGUCCUUACCAACCAAUAGAUGUUGAAUUUAUCAAGAUAAAUGAAAAGACUUUCACUAAUGUUGGUUUUAAAAAUUGGAAGAAAGGAAUAGAGAAAUUUACUCAACACCAAAAAUGUAAUGCACACAAAGAGUCUACAUGCAAAUUGUCAAGUUAUACGUUUUCUAAAAAGAAUGGAUCAGUGAUUUCUGAAUUGAAUUUAGCACAUAAGAAUUCUGUAACUCAGAACCGAGAAUAUAUUAGAUGUCUAUUAAAAACCCUUUUGUUUUGUGCAAGACAAGGUAUAGCAAUGAGAGGACACAAUGAAACAGAAAUGUCAACAAAUUGUGGAAAUUUUCUCGAACUUUUAAAAUUGAGAGCACACGAUAAUGCAAUUAUUCAUAAAUAUUAUAUCGAAAAAGAAAUGUCAUUUACCUAUACAAAUCCUGAAUACCAAAAUUUAUUUUUAAAAUAUAUGGCAGAUAGCAUUAAAAAAUCCAUCAUAAAAGAUAUUCAAAGUAAUGGCUUUUACAGUAUUUUGGUGGAUGAAACUCAAGAUUUGAGUUAUCAUGAACAAGUUUCUAUUUAUAUCCGAUACGUUGAUCAACAUUUUGUCCCACAUGAAGUAUUUUUAGAUUUAAAUAAUGUUAGAGGUCAAUGCUAUGAUGGUGCUGCGUCGAUGAGAGGAUCCUACAGUGGUGUGCAAAGUAGAAUAAAAGAAGAAAAUCCAUUAGCACUAUAUGUGCAUUGUUAUGCACAUAUACUCAAUCUAUGUAUAGUUGAUUUAGCUAAGUCUGUACCAAUGUCACCAAAAAAUAACUAUGCAACUGUUAAAGAUAUGGCUAUGCAUACAAUUGAGUCUUUAAAGGAUUAUAGGUGUGAUUCAAAAUUUAAUGAAUUAUGGAUACUUUCAAAAACUGUUUGUGAUCAAAAUAAAUUAGAUACUCCUAAGAUUCCUAGAAUGUCCAAAGUUCCAAAUAGACACGGUGGAGGUGCCAAACAAGCAGUAUACCAAGAUGUUCAACACUAUUUUAAAAUUAACUUUUUCUUCCCUCUUUUAGAUUUAUUAAUCAACGAUAUAUCAAAUCGUUUUUCUGAAAAUGAUCUUGAUAUCCUACAAGCAUUAUAUGAUGUACUAUGUGAAGAAAACCCAUCGAAUGACGUUAUUAAAAGAGUAUGUACAACAUACAGUUUAACCGAAGUAGAAUUAAAAGGAGAGCUGUCUAUUUUAAACAAAAUGUUAAAAAACAGUGAAAUAAAAGAUUCAUUGGAAAAUAGAAUUGAUUUUUUCAAUAAAAAUAAUUUGAAAGGUGGAUUUGAAAAUUAUAGCAAAUGUUUAACUAUAUUUUUGUCAAUACCUACAAACACAGCUUCAAAUGAAAGAAGUUUCUCUUCGUUGAAGAAACUAAAAACAUAUCUACGGCUUACUAUGGGCCAAACAAGACUGAGUAGUAUCGCUACUCUAUACAUUGAAAGAGAUAGAGAAGUUGAUUUUGAUCAAGUAAUAAAUGAAUUUGACGAAGGUGCACCAAUUCGUGGUCGACGGCUUGUAUUGAGAUAA